GUGGUGUUGUGUUCACUCUUUCAGGUGUUACUGAUGGAGGACGAUGAAGAUGUAAAACCUGGGGAAACAGAGCUAGUCUUGCAGACACAGCAGCUGUGUCGCUUCUUCUCCCAAGGACGGUAUUGCACUUUUGGGAAGAAGUGCAAGUUUCUACAUGUAAGCGAUGAUGUUCCAGUUGCAGCCAGGAGACCCAUUCGGUCUAAAAUCAUACACUCCAGUUCAGAGGGAUCUGGAGGCUUCAGCACCACCCCAGCCUGUGUCCGCCGUCCGUGCCGCUACUUUCUGUCAGGUUUCUGUACCAUGGAGGACAAAUGUCGUUUCUGGCAUCCACCACAGUUGCCUUCAGUGAAUGAGCCUCCGCUUCCUGGCAUUCACACAAAUCCUACAGAGAGAAAGCCUUUGGUGCCUCGUCCCAACAUCCUUCAGGAGGUCAAGUUGUGUGACCUCACAGAUGAUGUCACCAAGCAGCUCCGAGACACAGAGAUCAGGCAGAUGAAGAAACGUUUUCCCAAAGAUCAGCUGAUUGUGCAGGAAGGAGGUGAAGGUCAAGUAACUUACUACAGAGCUAAAGUGGACGCGUCAGAUCCAGACUGGCCUUUUGAUCUGAAAGAAAUCAACAUCAUGGUGAGCUUCCCAGACAGAUACCCCCAAGAGGUUUUCACAAUAGAUAUACCAUUAGACCAGGAUCUGCCACCAGUAAUGGCAAGACAUGUGCAACAAGCAUCACAGGAAUGGCUUCAGGCUAAACAUGCAACCAAUGAACUUAUGGGAAAGGUGGAGCUGCUUUUCCGACCUUUUCUUCGCUGGCUUGAUCGUAGUUUGGAGAGACUCUUCACUGAGGGGGCCAGGCAGCUGAAAAAAGACAUUGAUGCUGAAAAAGCUGGAUUGCAGUUUAUAUCAUACCAGGAGCUGCAGGCAGCAGUGUGUGAAAAAACAGAAAGCAACCAGUCAUCAGAUGCUGCAGAUCAUGAGACCAGCAAUGAAGUGAUAAGGGAAAAAGAGGAAAGUCUGAGAACAGUUGAGGAAAAAAAGCCUCAGCAACUGCCAGCUCUAAGUAAUGAUGAAUGUCAGGAGCAGCAGGAGGAGAAACAAGAGGAGGUUGCAAGUCAUCUCGUGGAGAACAUUAAGAUUAGUGAUCCUCGAAGAGGCACAGAGGUAAAGCUUUUGGGUCUGAGGCUUGGGGAGAAUGUAGCCACUGUGGCGGCCCAUCAGAUUACUGUUUGCCUUCAGUGUAACAGAUGUAAAGUCACAGCAGAUCUGACGCUAACUGGAAAGAUGCCAUGCACGGCUCAGUGUGAAAAGUGCAGCGCUAGCAUCAAUGCUGCAUUCAGGCCAUGCAUGCUGCACCAUUAUAGUGACGUUCUCGGGUACCUAGACCUUCAGAAUACCACACCCGCUGACCUCGUGCUCCAGGACUGUCAACUGAUAGUGGGCUGCCUCAACUGCUCCCAGGAUGGCCCUGUCCAGAAUCUUUCCUAUGGACAAACAAAGGAAUUUAAUUGUGAUCAUUGCCACAGCAAACUCAGUAUCCUGGUUGACAGCACAAGAUUCCAGUAUAUUCAGCCACGCACUGUCAAAACAGGUCCCAGUGCUUUUAGUCUUAAUUAUAAGACUAUUAGAGAUCUUGGUGUGCAAAAAGGCAAACCCCUACCAGAAAAAGGAACAUGCAAACAUUAUAAACAGAGUCAUCGCUGGCUGAGGUUUCCCUGCUGCGGCCGGGCUUACCCCUGUGAUAUGUGCCAUGAUGAGGACCAGGACCAUCCCAUGGAACUCGCCACCAGGAUGAUCUGUGGUUACUGUGCAAAAGAACAGCCAUACGGUAACGGGAAACCUUGUGUGAGCUGUGGAAGUAUGAUGACAAGAGGCACUCACACCAGCCACUGGGAGGGAGGACUCGGCUGCAGAAACAAAGUCAAAAUGAACAGAAAUGAUCGACAAAAAUAUAAGAACUCCAACAAGACUGUUUCACGGAAGGCCACCAGUGAAAAGAAGUAGUUGCUGUCAAGUGCUACUGGGGAAAAAAUUAUGAUACAUAUGGUAAUCUAUCAGUGUAUUUCAAUGAUGUGAUUUCAGUUUUCCUCAUAAAUCAUGUUAUGAUUGUUUAGCUUUGUGUGCAGUGCGAACAUUCUGAUCUUUGAGGGAUAUUAUGAACAAUAUUCUGGGUACUGAGGGACAGUAUGAGUCUGUGUACUCGGCUACUGUCUUCUUAUCGGGUCAUUUUGGAAAAGUCUCCUUAUUGCAUAUUAUUUACAGUGGAAAA